GUCAUUUCUAAUCCAAGUUGCAGCUGUGUGCGUGUGGAUGUGCGUUCACGAACCUGAUUUUGCCUGGCAACUCCUAAGUUUCCAGUAGUGUGGACGCAGCCAUGGCGUCUGUGGGACUCUCCUGUAGCCGUCUCAUCACCGGGCUCAAUCUUCCCAAGGCCAGAGAGUCGCAAUUAUCAUCUAACCUUUCAUCGCCGGAAUUUCCCAGCUUCAAGGCAGUGAAAGAGUUUCGUCCACUGAAGGUGUUGGAGCCGUUUGGGAACAACUUGUUAUGUAGGUUAAGAGGGAGUAAAAGGAUUGGAACCAUCUGUGCUUCUAUUCAAGAUCAUGCCUCUCAAUUUGCGGAGCAAUCGUUUCGUUGGUCAGCCUGCAAGUGCUGCAGUCGACGGAGCUUUGUCACCUCCUCAGCAGGCGCACUUAUUGCAACUGCACAGGGUGAUAAGUUAUUGCAAGCCGCUGAAAGCUCCAUCCAGAAUGACGAUGCGAUACGGGAAGCAAUACAUCCUGCUCGGCCAGGAUGGUACGAAGAAUUUUAUGCAACGGUAAUGAACACCACCAUGCGCGAGUAUGAAGCUGAGGUAGCAGGCUACAAGAGAAAGCUAUUCUCUCGUCUCGACGGCAACGUGAAAACAGUACUGGAAUUAGGUGUCGGCACUGGGCCGAAUUUGGCGUACUAUGGUGGGAGAACCUCGAUAACUAACGUUAUAGGGGUGGAUCCGAAUGAAAAAAUGGCUCGUUAUGCCAAAGAAGCCGCGGUUGCAGCCGGCUUUUCACCAGAGCAAUUCAAAUUCGUGCACGCUGUUGGUGAGGGACUACCUUUACCAAGCGGAAGUGUCGACGCUGUAAUUGGUACUCUUGUGUUGUGCUCAGUUUUUGAUGUAUCCUCAACCCUGAAAGAGGUCCAAAGAGUGUUGAGACCAGGAGGCAUGUUUUUGUUUGUGGAACAUGUUGCUGCGCCUGAAGGUGACAGUCUGAGGUUCUGGCAAAAGCUCCUCGACCCUCUACAGCAGUUGGUGGCGGAUGGUUGCCAUCUCCAACGCGACACACUCAGUUUAAUUGAAGCUGCACAAUUUGCUAGCGUAAAUGCAGAGAGAGUUAAUGUCAAUGGAAUAUCUCUCAUUGCACCACAUGUAGUAGGUUCUGCUUGCGUUUCAUGACAAUACUAAAGAAUUUUGUGAGGAUCAUGUGGAUUUAUAAUUGGAUAGAAUGUCGCUUUAUAUUUAAAUCCAUCCAUGCCAUGCAUACUUUGCUGAAAAGAGGUCAAAUCCAUUUUGAAAGUUCAGACCCUUUUGAGCAUGGUGAAGACUGUAAUUUGGAUAAAAAUGUAGAAACUCUUAUUUAAUCUGGAAUACAAAACCAUAUAAAAGAGUUCACAGCA